CUGAUCGGGCAGGGGCUGUGUGCCCGGGUGUGUGCCCGGGAGAGGCGCCGUGCGACGCACGGUGAGCGUAGUCGGGCCCGCAGGCCAGGACCGACGGUAUUUAACCCUCGCUCCGCCUACGAGAGGGUUCAGUGCCCGGCCGAGUUACCGCAGGAUACGUCGGAUCAUCCCUGCUCACAAAGAUGUGGUCUCGCGCUCUUUCAGCGCUCACGCUGGUUUUGCUGACUCUGGCCAUCAGUUGCUUGCUGGGCACCACAGAUGCGCGUCUGGAGCCGACCGGCCGGGUGCUGGUGCAGCACCGCACCGAGACCAUCACCGAGCUGACGUCGACCGUCACCACCAAGUUGUACACCUGCAUCACCGGGUUCGCCACCUCGCCGCCGGCCUGCUCGGGUCGCCGGCGCCGGCGCCGUAGCCAGCCCAAGGGCCACGGGGCGCCCGAGCACCUUCCAUCCGCCGCAGCUCGGUCGGUGACGGCGCUGGAGUCGUCGCUGUCUCACACUCCGGUCAAGAAGGGCCGCUUCCUCUACACGUACAUGAAGAGGGUGACGACGACGGUGGUCACCACGGACACGUCGUACAUCAGCUCCGCCACGGUUAUGAUCGCGCUCGAGUGCACAGUGGACGGCGCGAACCUCAUCAACAUGCCCAACUGCCCCUAAUAGACCGGCGCGACUCUCAUCUGAGGAACGACACCGUACACAAAUCAUUUGAAGAAGAUGAUAAACGAGUGUAUUAUAAGAACUGAUUUACUUAACAAUUGUUUCUGCUCUCCAGCGCUCUGGCAAAAGAUCAUACGAGCAUUUUGGUUGGGAUUGUUUAAAGAUUUUACGUCGAAAGUCGAAAGUUGCAGGCACUGUGGACAUAAAAUACAGAAACGAGAGGAGGCCUGAUAUCCAUGCCGCAAAAAGUGUGACAGACUGCGUGUGAGAAAAUAUCAUGAUAGCAGGUAUGCGUUAUUAUUUGAACUGGGCUCUGUUCUUUGUUUGCCCUUAGUGUGGUGGCGACGUGGGAGCUUUUGAGUGGAUGAAUUAUUGAUGAAUUUUGCAAUACAUAGAUGAACAUUG